AUGGGAGACCGUGAAGUUAACAGACAUCGUUCUCGUUCGCCUCGUGGAGGUAAGGUGGCUGGACUUAAAGAACCUUGUACAUCAGUUUAUAAAAGGUGUGUUUUAUGCAAAGAUUAUUAACUAUAACUUUUAAGAUUCGAUCUUCUACUGGAUUUGAUGCACAAGGUUCUUUGGUCAGUUUUUUGAUAUUUUUAUUGGUUUUUAGGUAAUUUGAAUAUGAUACUCAUAACAAACCAUUUUAUUUUCUUAUCUCAAGUUAGCUUAUUGACUUUUGAUGCUCUAAAGUUUAAAGAAAAAGUAUAUUUGAUUAAUUUUAGAACGCAGACGAUCUCCAGAACGGCGCCGCUCCAGAAGUCCGCGUCGCAGAAGUAGGUCGCCCAGAAGUCAUCGUGACGAACGUCCCAGACGCCGCACACCGGAAAAGAAUGGCAGAAAAACUCGGGAAGAACGUUCGGAUCGUCGCAAGCAUCGUAGCCGAUCAAAAGAACGCACGGAGAAGCCGAAAGAGGUAUCAGUAGAAGAAACAGCAGCGGUAUCUGAGGAAGAUCUCAUGAAACAAAUGGGAUUUGCUGGAUUUGACACAACCAAAAACAAGAAAGUUGCUGGAAACAUUGAAGGCAAAGCUAAAGUACAUAAGAGGAGGAAGUAUCGUCAGUACAUGAACAGAAAAGGCGGAUUCAAUCGGCCGUUGGACUACAUUGCAUGA